AUGAGACGCGGCGCGGCCCGGACCCUGCUGCUCAACAUGUACCUGCCAGACCCCGUUGGGGAGACGUUGUUCAAAGAAGGCAAAAACCAGGCGUGGGGCUCUCUGGGGCCCGGGGUUCAAAAAGGCAGUGGGCAGAUUCAGUUGUGGCAGUUUCUGCUGGAGCUGCUUUCGGACCGUGCGAACCUCAACUGCAUUGCCUGGGAAGGCACCAAUGGCGAGUUCAAGCUACUGGAUCCCGAUGAAGUGGCACGGCGUUGGGGCGAGCGCAAGAGCAAGCCCAACAUGAACUAUGACAAGCUGAGCCGGGCACUACGCUACUACUACGACAAGAACAUCAUGACCAAGGUGCACGGCAAGCGCUACGCCUACAAAUUCGACUUCCAGGGCCUAGCACAGGUCUGCCAACCAGCCACACCUGACCACACGCUCUACAAAUUCCAGGCGCCCUUGCCCUUCUCUGGCAUCUCCAAACUCAACAUCAUGGCCUCGGGUGUGACCCCAACUAGCUUCUCCUACUGGCCCGGUUCUACCCCUACCCUGUACCCCAGCCAUGGCUUACAGCCCUCAACUCCGUUCAGCACCAUGGCAACUUCCCACAUCAACAAUAUGAACAGUCACUACCACUAG